AUGGAGCCCUCAAAGUUUGAACGCGCCAAGGUCGGAGCCAUGAUGGGUGGUGCUGUCGGUCUCUGCAUCGGUCUUGUCUUUGGCGGCUUCUCUGUCCUUCGAAACGGACCUGGAUCGCGUGGAUAUGUAAACACGCUUGCCCAGACCAUGAUUUCAUCGACAGCUACUUUUGCAUUUUUCAUGGCUAUCGGAUCAGUGAUCAGGAGUGAAGAGGCAACAGCGAUCGAUUAUGCAGCACUGGAUCAGAAUCAUGGGAAAAAGAAUCUAUUUGGUGGAGCCAAGUGCUUCAGAACUCCACCCAUCGUUAUCCUUCAGCGACAGCAACAGCAACAGAAACUGUUGGAUCAACAACAGCAUCAGUAG